AAAGUGAACGUGAUUGUAUUCAAUGCAAAGUAAUUUCAGUAUUGAAUGAACCAUGGAGGCGAAAAAUACAGUCAAGGCCGAUUUUACUGAGUUGAAAAUACCGGUACCUUGGGGACAUAUCGCAGGCAAAUGGUGGGGUUCCAGAAACGAGCAACCAAUCAUCGCACUCCACGGUUGGCUAGACAAUUGCGGUUCCUUCGAUAAUCUGGCACCGCUGCUAGUCCAAAAGGGCUUCUCCCUGCUGUGCAUUGACCUUCCAGGUCAUGGAUUUUCAUCACAUCUACCGAAAGGACAAUAUUAUUACCUUAUUUUUGAUGGAGUCCACUACCUGAGAAGAAUCGUGAAGCGCUUCGGGUGGAGGGAAAUCACGAUAAUUGGACAUUCCUUGGGAGGCUCUAUAGCUUUUUUGUAUGCAGCUACUUUUCCCAAAGACGUGAAGAAAUACAUAAGCCUCGAUAUGGCAGGUCCUUGUGGCAGACUCGAUUCAGGCCGUUUUCUCGAAUAUUUCAGAACCAGUAUAGAAAAUGGUUUGGACAAUGAAACUACCGGGGAGUGGCCGACCUACUCCAAAGAUCAGCUACUCAAUAUCUUCUUAAUGGCAUUUGAUGGAUCAGUCAAUAGAGCUGGUUGUGAAGUACUGCUACGGAGAGGAAUAAAGAAGGCAAGCAAUAAAGAGGGUUAUAUUUUGUCUCGAGAUCCGAGACUGAAAGACUCUGGAUUGGAGUUCAUGCCGAUUUCUCAGGUAUUGGACAUUGCUCCAAGGAUCACCUGUGAAGUUUUGAAUAUUAGGAGCGACGCAAUUUCAAAAUCAUACCAUCCCGAAUAUUAUUUUAUGAUCCUGGAUGCGAUUGAGAAGAAUUCAAGAAAGUUAGAGAGGCAUUUACUUUCAGGCAGUGAGCAUUAUUUGCAUUUAAUGAAUGCGAAUGAGAUUGCUCCUAUUAUCAUCAAGUUUUUGAUAUCCCAAUGAUGUAGAAUUUUAUAUUGGAUGUAUAUUGUUA